CCCUCCCUCCCUCCCUCCCUCCCUCCCUAAUUUCUAAACCCUCAUCUCUUCUUUUCCCUGUUUCAAACCACCCAAAAUCAGAUUCCAAAUUCUACAUUUCCACUCAUUCAUUAUCCAUAAUUUGUGUAUAUAUAUAUAUUUAUAUACUUGAGUGAGAGAGGGAAUUGGAUCGAUAGUUUCAGAUAAAUCGCAUAUAUAUCUAUAAAUAAUUAAUUAUCAUCAUCAUCGAAUGGCAGAGGAAGACGAAACUCAGGGGUCAGAGCUGAGCGAUAAGCAGAAGAGAGAGAUCGCCAAAUGGUUCCUCCUCAACUCCCCCGCCGGCGAAAUUCAAUACGUCGCCAGAGAUGUUAGAUCGGUUUUGAAUGAUGACAAUGUGUACAACACGGCGGUUUCGGAAGCAUUUCCUCUGUACAAUAAGUCUCACUUGAUAUGCCUCAAAAUGCCUGACAGAAGCGGAGAUGUUUUAAUUACGCCCUUUAGUGAGAUUAAUGAGAAUGAAUAUCUUGAUCCUAGGACUGCUCAAGUUGCUAGAGUUGAUCAUGUCAAGCAAGUUUGUACAGAAGUGAGACCAGCGAGUGACGAAGAACUUCCAUCCCCAUAUAUUGAGGAUUAUCGAUGCGUGCUAGAUGCAGAACUCAUGAAAUAUGUUGGUGAAGCUUAUCCGAAAGGUGUACAUUCAGUUUAUUGUGUCAGAGGAAAAGAUGUGGAAGAACCAGGAUCUGAUUUUGAGCUUGUUGUGGUAAUUUCAGCCGCUCGACAUAGCCCACAAAAUUUCUGCAAUGGAAGCUGGCGCUCAAUAUGGAACGUUGAGUUCAAGGAUGAUUUACAAAUAGUGGAUGUGAGAGGCAGAAUGCAGGUAGGUGCCCACUACUUUGAAGAGGGAAAUGUCCAGUUAGAUGCUAAACAUGAAUGCAAGGAUUCAACAAUAUUUCAGUCCGCUGAUGACUCUGCAAUAUCUUUGACCAACAUUAUUCGUCAUCAUGAGACAGAAUACCUUGCUGCUCUUCAGGCAUCCUACUCAAAUUUGCCAGAUUCCACAUUCAAGGAUCUUCGAAGAAAGCUUCCAGUUACUCGUACUCUAUUCCCAUGGCACAACACUAUGCAAUUUAGCCUAACAAGAGAUAUCACAAAAGAACUUGGAAUUGGAAAGUAAAUAUGAUGCUAGAAAUAUAUUGCUAUGGUUUCUUCAGAUUAAUACCGAGUCACGACCAUUCGAUUCUUUUUGUUUUGUUUUUUUGCUUUUGGGGAUGAGGGGGUGGGUGGGGGGGCACUUGUUUGGAAUGGGGUGUUUCUUGAUGGCUUUUCUCAGUUGCCAACUGCUUUAUUAUAUUAGAGUUUUUCAGAUUUUUUUGGUGCAUUCAGCUGUAAUGAUUGUUCUUGUUCUGAAGAGUUGUAGAGAACCUUGUGACUGAGUAUAAUUGUUGACUAUUUAUUUCUCUCUUUUCUUU